AUGGCGGCUGUGGAUUUUUCAAAGGUCUACUCUGCUACUUAUAGCAGUGUCCCGGUUUACGAGUUCAAACUUGACGGUGACAGUGUUAUGCGAAGACGCUCCGAUGACUGGAUCAAUGCCACACAUAUUCUGAAAGUAGCCGGCUUUGACAAACCUGCGAGAACUCGGAUCUUGGAGCGCGAGGUGCAGAAAGGGGUUCAUGAGAAGGUGCAAGGUGGCUAUGGCAAAUAUCAAGGAACAUGGAUUCCGCUUCCCGAGGGUCGUAUGCUCGCCGAGCGCAACAACAUCAUCGACAAGCUAAGGCCGAUCUUCGACUACGUGGCUGGAGACCGUAGCCCACCUCCUGCCCCAAAACAUACCACAGCAGCUUCGUCGAAACCAAGGGCUCAAAAGAAUGCAGCAAGUAAGAGAGCCGCAAACGAAGAAGCUGCCAAUGCUGUCAAAGCUCACCGAAGUAUGGCGCCGCCUACCUAUACCUACGAGCACUAUGAGAUGAGUCAUGGGUUUGAUGAGGAUGAGUCUAUCGAACAGGCAACACUUGAGUCGUCUUCUAUGAUUGCGGAUGAGGAAAUGAUGGCAAUGUCUCAAAAUGGUGCUUACUCGCGGAAGCGCAAGCGUGGGAUAAAUGAGGCCCCAUCGAUGUCGAUUAGCGAACAGGAACAUAUACUUUACGGUGAUCAACUCUUGGAUUAUUUCAUGACGGUAGGGGAUGCUCCGGAGGCCACACGUGUUCCUCCCCCUCAACCACCCACCAACUUCCAGGUCGACCGCCCCAUUGACGACUCGGGCAAUACUGCUCUUCAUUGGGCAUGCGCGAUGGGCGACUUAGAGAUUGUCAGAGAUCUACUGCGGAGAGGGGCGGAUAUCAAAGCACUAUCGAUCCACGAAGAAACGCCACUCGUGCGAGCUGUGUUGUUCACAAAUAACUACGAAAAGAAGACAUUUCCGCCUCUGCUAGAACUCCUACUGGACACAGUCUCUUUCAGAGACUGGUUCGGCGCUACCAUAUUUCACCACAUAGCGGAAACCACUCGGAGCAAGGGAAAGUGGAAGAGCUCGCGAUAUUACUGUGAAGUAUUGCUAGAAAAGUUACGCGUUACCUUUUCGGUUGAGGAGGUUGAUGUGUUACUAUCCUGCCAGGAUUCGAACGGUGACACUGCUGCUUUGGUUGCCGCUCGGAAUGGUUCAUUUCGUUUAGUUGACCUCCUACUGGUUCGGUGCCCGCGAUCCGGCGACCUAUUGAAUAAAAAGGGUGAAACAGCUGCAGGCAUCGCCCGACGGGCCGCACCUCAUGAGCGCGAUGUCCCUCUUCCCCCCUCAUCCAUCACGAUGGGUAACGAUCAAGUGGAUGGUGAAGUCAUAGCUCACGUCACGUCUGAUCAUCAACCUACCACCCUUCCGCAGGAUCCGUCUCCUGCUACCUCAACACUCCUCUCUAAAAUCGGUGUUGUCAUGGCCGAGGCAAACAAAAAACUUGCCGUAAGUUACGGUGGCUCCAAAGCAAACCAGCAAGGUUCAGACGACGUUGCGAAUCCGGAGGCAUUUUACGCGCAACUGGAAUCAGAUCGACAAAAGAUUCAGAAACAAACAGCUGUGUUGGUGGCGAAGGAAGCUGAAGGAGAAUCAAUCGACACACAACUUGAUCGCUACGAGCAGUUGAGAAGUCGCUAUGAAUCUCUCUUAGAGCAGAUCCAACAGGCUCGAUUGAGAGAAAGGAUGUCAUCAAUGCCAUUGCCGGAGAAGGAAGGCGCAACAUCAUCCGUUUCUGAGCAGGAUAGACUGGUUCACGCAUACCAAGUAGCCCGGCAAUUGUGCGCAGCUCAAAAGGCUCGGUGCGCAGCUGUCAAGGACCUUGUUCAACAGACAGCGGAUGCAGGUGUAAGCACCAAGUUCGAUAUCCACCGCAAGCUGGUAGCACUUGCCACAGGCCUCAAAGAGGAAGAAUUAGACCCAAUGGCUGCAGAGUUAGCUGAAACGUUGGAAUUUGAUCGGAUGAACGGAAAGGCUGCAGGCGCGGAGUCACCAGAGCCAGAGCCCAGAGAAUCGGCUACGUUCCCUCUUCCUGGUCCAACGGUGUCCGUGGAUGCAUGA